UUGUAAUUUUUUUAUAGAUCGAGAACAUCAUUGUGUGUGCAGUCGCAGUUUUGUUGCAAAUCCUGAAGCUCUUAUGUGUCAAGAAUGGCUCGUCUUGCAGUUACAAUAGCUGGGAUUGUUUGCAUGCUUUCUGCCGGUUACGAUUCGGCUGGCAUUCAGAGCUCCAGCACGAAUUCUCCGAAAACAAGCCCGGCAUCCAGCGGAAGCGAUGUGCAGCGUGUCACUAUAAAGAACGGAGAGUCCUACACGAUGCGAUGUACUGAUUUCAACUCCACACCAACCGCACCGGAUUCCCGUCGACGCCGCGCGGCGGACGACCAUAUGAUCUACGGCAUCAUCCUACAGGAAGCCAAGUAUCACGGCAGCGGAAGCGGUCAAUGCCGAGAAUCAUCCAUCGUGAAAAACUUGCAGACGAGAUUCUGUGUUGAUGUUCGUCACCAAGAAUGCGAAGUGCACGCAGAGGAUCCCGUUGAAGGAUGCGGUAACCGGUCGCUGACAGUGGUCUAUACUUGCGGAUUGAUACGGGAAUUUCAUUCCAUAAUAGCGCUAAGCGACUUGAGAGAGAGUCCGGGGAGGAAGGCAGAGUGUUCCCGCACAAUGUUGUUGGUGCCGCCAUAAUGGGGAAGGGAUGUGUACAUAGCCGCCUGGCUGAACGAGUAUUACCUGAAACACAAGAAACAGCGGCAGCAGCUUGCUCAUAUGGUAAGAAAAACCGUUUUCCCAGCGGGAUGCGGUUGAAAACAAGUUUGUACGUAAACACAAGGCUCCGUUUCAACCUGCGCAAUUCAAAGCAGUCCCAAUUUAACUCCUUUAACCGUUCUCUGUAACUGCUGCUACCGGGAUUAAGAGAGUCCAGAAAGCGCUCCAAACAACGUUCUAACUUAU